UAAGUUAUAAGUAUAGGUGGUUGGUUCACAUGUGGUCCGUUGCUAAAACAAAGCCACGCCGACCGGGCGACCGUCCACCAUGAGAGUUUAUACUAUUGCGCUGAUCUUGUGUGUUAUCGCGUGUGUAACAGCAGAUGUUGCACACAUCAAAGCCACUAAAGCUAAGCUGCUUAGCCACAUAGCCGGCAAACACCACAAGAGGGGUAUUCUAUCUCAUGUGCCGCCAUACAAACUGGGCCAUGACAUUCCUCUGGUCACUCACUCGGUAGUCAAGCCUGUCAUCGUCAACUACCCGCCAACAGCAGCAGUGGCGACGGUUAAAGUGCCGCUAACAAAUCCUUUAGUACCUAGAUACCCAGUGCCAGUCGGCCAUAAGGUGCCCGGUCUGCCUCAUCCGCAUUACGCAUUGAGGUUCCCUCAUACAAAGUAUUACGUAAAGCCUGAUCAUCACUUCCAUCAUCAUCAUCACCAUGUGCAACCGAAACCAAUACUACCAGUAGUGCACGCUAUAGCCCCGGCCGCGCCUCCUCCUCCUGUCGUUCACGCCGCCCCAGUCGCACCUGCUGUCCCUGUCCCUCAACCGACAGCGACAUUAGCGCAACAUAUUCCAGCGCCACCACCAGUAAUAUUUCCAUCCCCCAUUCUCCCAGCACAAGCUGCCCCAAUUCCUCCACCGCCAGUACAUGUCUUUCCACACAGUAAUUUUCUAAAACCUCUUCUGCCUGCUGCAACUAUACCAUUAGCUCCCGCAGCCGUGUUGCCCCCUCCAUUAUUCCGAGGACCUCAGCAGUAUGUUAUACGUCCGGGCGGAGCAGUGCAAACAUCAUACUUCGCGACGUACCCAAGAUAUCCGUUUAUAAACAGCUACCAAGCUCCAAUCUAUCCUCUUCCUAACGCGUUUAAUGGUGUACAAUCAAUUCAUCAAUUAAUGCAACCUCACAACCCGCACUUCCACGUUCUGCCCCAAGCGGCUCCACAUGAAGGAUCGGUGGAGCAUCAUCAUAACGUUUUACUCGAACAGACGCCGACAUUAAUUCAGCCAACGCAUGAACCACAGCCAGCAGUUCAUUUACAUCCGACGCAGGAGACUUUUGCACAACCCACUUUUAAUGUACAACCCGUACAACCAACACAACUUAUUCCUCAGCCAUCGGUCCACUUACAACCUACACAACCUACGAUACCUGUAGAGCACGACGGAUGGUCUCCUGUUCCUGCGCAACCGCAAGACACCGCACACCAUGACGUUCACUACCCGCAACAACAUCAUUUCGUUCAAGAACAAGCACCACAGGUAUACGAGCACCACGACGACCAAUAUCACGACUUCCAGCACCAAAUACAGCAGCACAUCCAACAACAAAUAGAACAGGCACAAUACGAGCAGAGCCUGAACAACCAGCACCAGUUGAACCACGAGUACGGCACGCCACAGCCUGCACAAGAAUACGGACAGCCGAAUCAGUAUCAAGUCCACGAUUUUACCCAACAAGCACACGACUUCGCACAGCAAGCGCAGGAUUUUGCCCAUAAUGUGCACGACUUUUCUCAAGGCCAUGACUUUUCCCAAAACGGUCAAGACUUUUCACACACCGGACAAGACUUUUCCCACAACGGUCAAGAUUUUUCCCAACAUGGUCAGCAGUAUCCUCAACAGCAAUUUAGUCAGAACGACUUCAACGUAGCCCAACCAGGGCAAGAGUAUGGUGUACCGCAGCAAGGCGCGGAGGGUCGCAACGCGGAAGACGAGGGCGCGCAGUUUCACAACCACAUCCCCCUCGCUCUGCAGCCGCCUAUCGACAGGCCUCUAGACCAUUUCCAAUAAUUAUCAUCUAAUUGUAUAGAUUAUAACUUAUGAAAUGGACGCUGGGGCCGCCCGUUGGCACAUGACGGAAGCUUAGCGUUUUCGCAUUUAGUUCUAGAAGCAUUUAUAUGUUAUUACUACCUCGUCGAAAGCAUGUGAUACAAGUUUGAUAAUAAUGGUUCGGAAAGUGAAAUUAAAAUUUUAAAAUUUAUGAGGCUUGGUUGGAAUAACAUUUUUUACAAAUAUUUUAUGAAAUGUGUUAACUUGUAAAUAUAAUAAUUAGCUUUAAAAAUAACAGUAGGUUAGUUUUUUAUAUUUUCUACAUCACUUCACGAUAGAUGUAAUUGUUGCCUUUUUAUUAUUUUUAUAAUUUUUUAUGUUGUUUUACACUAAGUCUAUUUAUUUAUUGUGAAAUAAAUCACUAAAUAAUAA